CGCUGCACUACGAUGAGUUGAUGCUACUGGAAUCACAAUGGACAAGCGCACAUUAGAGGAUAGCAUGAAUGCUGCUGUUAACUGGAAACAGUAAUAAAAUGCUGCCCUGGAAGAAGAAUAAGUUCGACUUGAUAGAGGAAGACAAGCAGUCCAAACAGAAGGGAUAUGCGGUGAGUCUCAACUACUCCGUGCUCACCUCCUUCGCCAAAUCCUGCCCAGAGAGCGCACUCAACAGGGUGGGCAGCAUGUUCAAGUCCAAGAGGAAAAAGGUGAAGAUCACCAGCGAGGAUCCCACCUACACGGUGCUGUACCUGGGCAACGCCACCACGAUCCAGUCGAAAGGAGACGGCUGCACGGACGUGGCUGUCAGCAAAAUCUGGGGCAAGAGUGAGAUGGGCAAGAACGGCACAAAGAUGAGACUGACCAUCAGCUCGCAGGGCAUCCGGAUGGUGCAUGUGGACGACAAGGCCAGGAGGCCGGGACACUUGUACUUGCUUCACCGGAUAACCUACUGCGUGGCAGACCCGCGGCUGCCCAGGAUCUUUGCGUGGAUUUACAGGCACGAGAUGAAGCACAAGGCUGUGAUGCUGCGCUGCCACGCGGUGCUCGUGUCCAAGCCGGAGAAGGCGAAAGCCAUGGCGCUGCUCCUGUACCAGACAUCAGCCACAGCCCUGGCCGAGUUCAAGAGACUCAAGCGCAGGGACGAUGCCCGGCACCAGCAGCAGCAGCUCAUAGGGGAGCAAACCAUCCCGCUGGUGCCUCUCAGGAAGCUGCUGAACGGACAGUGCUACUACAAACCCCCGGUGGAGCGCAGCCGGAGCGCGCCCAAGCUGGGCUCCAUCACGGAAGACCUGGUCGGGGAGGAGGAGGAGGAGAAAGCGAUGCACUUUGAGUGUGAGGACAUUCUGGACACGGAGCACGACUGUGUCACCAACGGGAAACAGGAGUUGACUCAAAUUAUUAAUGACUUGGGGGAGAUGAGCAUCGGGAACGACGUACAGACACUGAAAGCGGACCUCAGGGUCACCAGACUGCUGUCUGGAGAGAGCACUGGCAGUGAGUCCUCCAUAGAGAGCAACCAGGAGCCCACUCCGCUCACUAAUGGGAUAGGAGAGGUAAAAGUGCACGAAAUUGCCUGAAUUAGUUUUAACACACCCAAAUUGUUUCAGUGCAUUUUAUAUGUCUGUUUGUAUUUUUUUUUUAAUGAGCCAAGACACCUCCACCAGAAUUAUUCCGUUUGUGUCCAACUUUAUGUCGGAGUGUCUGUUUUGUGCCUCUACGCCUAUUUGAGAGGAUCCACAGGUCCUGGGACGCUACUGCACAUAAACACACAAUUGUUGAUCUUGUGUGAACACUGAAAAAUAGUAGUGGAAACUUCUGCAUGCCCAUUUGAGACAUGACUGGUUGAGCAUACACAAUCCCAGUGCGCCUUAGGAGGCAGGACACUAAUUCCAUCUUCUGUUUAAGAGGAUUUGUUGUAGCAUCAUUCUCGUUUACCUUAGACGUUCUUGUCACUUGAACACUGCAUCUUCAUUUGUAGAUUGAUUUAGAUAAAAAGAAAGAACAACAA